AUGUCUUGCCCUGCCCGGCCGGUGUUCGGCCCUAUUUCCGGCCAAUCGCUCUGGGAUUAUGCCGCUGCUCUUAAGUUGAAAUGUGAAAGACAGAAGGACUUUCAGGACCGCUUCGGAUUCAAGAGAUGUUCCUCGGAGCUGCUGAUGGCCGUCGUAGACGCCUGCUUGGAGAUCUGCCGCCGCGUCUUGAAUACACACCCUACGGACCUUGGGGUAGACAACUCUCGCAAACUGGACGUGCUUGUAGCAGGCCUCAACCACUUGAACGAGAAGCUAGCCGGAGUCGAUGUCGGAUUCCGGGAUGAACCCCGGCCUAUUCCAGCUGUGUUUGGCGGCCCGGCUUUGGUGAAGGAGGAGUCUCAUGAGAUGAAUCUGUCGGCGGCACUCUAUGGAGCCCCCUCCUACCCAUCACCAGAGGUUGCUGAAUCCAGUGAACCACCGAAUAGGAUGUACCAAACGCCGGACAUCCAUCCUCCUCUUAUUCACGCGCAAACAACCAGUCAAUCGCCCACCGAAUCGAUUCGCGAGUCCACUACAGCCGAGGAAGAAACUCUCAGCAUCACUGCAUCCUGUGUGAACGAGCCGGGAAACAAGGCGCCGGUGGUCACAUCUACCUACAAGGUUCUGAUGCACGGUAUAAGAACUGGAUUCAAGAUUGUGACGCCGGAAGGCAAAGAGGGGAUGAAACAGGAUAUCCUAUGGUACAACCAGGAGCGCAUUCCUGGUGCAGUGAUAGUGGAUGUCGAAUGGCUACCGGUCGACUCCGACAGUGCUCGAGAUGCCAGCAAUACGGACACGACGGAGCAGAUUGCCACGCGCCUGUUAGGUGCGCGGUCUGUGCCGGAGCUCAUGAUCUGUCCCGAUGCACCAACCGUUCCCGUCCCUUAUGCGCUCUCUGUUGGGGACCUCAUAAAUCCUGGAAUCAAUCCUGCAAAUACCACAACGAGGCGCGGGCGGAAGUGA